AUGCCGGCACACCGCUCGCGCAGAAGAGCUGGAUACCGCAAAUGUCACCGCCGUGAGCUCGGGGACGGUCGAGAGUCGCGGACUCGAUUCGGCGCCUCCUCGCUCCACCAGCGCGACUCCCGCAGCGCCCUGUUCGAGGGCUACACCGGCGAAAACGCGCGGCGGCCCGUCAGUGCCUCGCCGUCGCGCCUCGGAGGCGGAUACGGCUAUGGCUACGCCGGCGGCAGCGCUUCCCCCGCGCCGAUGGGGAAUCACCUCGGCGUCGACAACGGUACCCGGGGCUUCCGGCCCGCGACGCCCAACUCGCGGGGUCAGUACAGCGAUGCGGUCCUCAACGAGCUCGAGAGCCAGAACGACGAGCAGGUGGAGGGUAUCAUGGGCAAGGUCAAGAUUCUGAAAAACAUGACGGUAGCCAUCGGCGACGAGAUCCGCGAGUCCUCCGCCCUCGCGGAGAAGAUGAACGACACUUUCGACACGACGCGCCUGCGUCUCCGCGGCACCAUGAACCGCAUGCUCCUGAUGGCCCAGCGCACCGGCGUCGGAUGGAAGGUCUGGCUCGGCUUCUUCGCGGCCGUGUGCUUCCUCUUCAUCUACGUGUGGCUUUUCUGA